AGUAUGAUUCUUGACUACCUAUCAGAAUCCAGCUCCCUUCGAAACACUAUUACCCACAAUACUAAUCAAGAAAAAAAAUAUUUUUUUCUCUUCAGCUCACCACAUGCGGACUGAAUAUUACUCAGGUAAAAUGGUUGGCUGGUUCAAUGGUGCAGCCAACCUUGUCUCCUUCCAUGCCUAGGAAGUACUACUCCGAGUGAAAUGAGAGAGAAAUGAAAAAGGCACCAAGGAACAUUAAACCCAAGAUGGUAGCAAGCACGACCGACUUCCACCUGUGCGAGAUGGAUUUAAUCCCAGUUCCUGGAGCCAAAUUGGCCCCGCAAUCGAUCCAGUGAUGAAUACCUUUCCCUCUUUUGUUUGUUGGUGCGACCUAUGAGAUCACCGGAAUCCUCCCGUCACUUUGGAACGAACAUGGGACGCCGUGCUUUCUGGCUUUUCUUCCAAUUCUAUUUCCAUUCGACAGCAACAACUUGUACCUUAAUCCAGGGCUGCCGUUUGAGACCUUGCAGUCGCGCACUUACUUCGGCCAAUGUGUCGAAUUGUGCAAAGCUUAUCCCGAAGAUGUCGGUUACCUCUCCUUCAUAUAUUUCUACUUAUACUCCCUCCCUAGGUCCCUUGCAUGAAUCUACCAAGAAAUGAAUGCCAAUUAACCCGUCGUACCCUAAAUCUAUAGGUUAUACUCAAAAAAAAUGUCAAGUUUCACCCCAGAGUUCACCCGAAGCUUCGCACGAGAAACAUGGACUCUCUACGCAGUAGGGAUGCUGAGUGUUUGCCUGCGAUUUGUGGCCCGAAUACGUCGUUUAGGAAUCCGAAACCUCCAGAUGGACGAUUACUUGAUGGUCUUCGCGGUGGUUUGGUAUACAAUUCUAUGUGUUGCUCUGAACGAGGUCGUUAUCGUUGGGGGUUCGAACCUGAUGAGCGAAGAAGAUAGGCAAAACUUGACACCGGCCAUCAAAGCAGAUCGAGUGAAAGGAAGUAAAUGGGUCUUUGUGUCUGAGCAUUCAUUUGUCCUCUCAGUAUGGGCGAUGAAAGCUUGCAUGUUGGCCAUCUACGCACGUAUAACAGAUGGGCUACGGCAGAGGAAAUGGGUAAACUAUCUCGCCAUAUAUGUCGGCCUCGGUUUUAUUGGAUGCGAGUUGUCUCUCUUUUUGAUAUGCCGACCUUUAUCAAAUUACUGGGCCGUACCUACACCUAACUACCAAUGCUCGAGCUAUCAGUACUAUGAAAUCAUCCAAGGAUGUAUAUCGAUUUCCGCCGAUAUCUUCAUGCUCCUUAUUGGGCUUCCACUCCUUCUGCAAGUGCGCGUGCCUCUUAAGCAGAAGCUGAUCCUUGUGGUUAUCUUCGGCAUGGGUAUUUUCGUUAUUGUCGCAGCAAUCCUGACAAAAGUCUACUGUCUCGUCCCGUCGCUCAUCUCAUACGUCUACAUGAACUGGUACUUCCGGGAAGCAACAGUGGCUGUUCUUGUCACCAAUCUACCGCUCAUCUGGUCUCUCCUUCGCGAUGUGUUCCCCGCCCUCAAAAGCUGGACAGGGGGGUCCAAAAGAGCUACUGACUGGUAUCGUUCUGGCCCUUGGACUAGCAAAGCCUCGGGGUACGGCCGGCACUAUGGACCGGCGAGUCAACUACGCUCAGGCGAGUUUAGCAUGCAAGACUACAACCGAAGCACGAUCACCCCUCGCAAGCCGGCUUCUGACGUCAGCAUACAAGCGAGCGACAAUCGGGAUGUCAGUGACGAUGGCUCGGAGAGAGCCUUGAGAAUUCGACAGGACGUUACUGUCACGGUGGAGCGCGAGUCGCUGCCUCCCGAAUUCUGGGGAUCCCAUCAUGCCAAGACCCAAAGCCCAGACGGACUGCAUCAACCGCAGUCAUGAAACGAAACACACGAUUCUUGUCUCAACACCUCUAUAGAAUAAUUUUCGUUUGUAUAUAUUGGUAUGUUCUUCCGUCCCAUUUUCUGCCCAUGUGUUACUCCUUGGAAUGGAUUAUGUAUAUAUUCUCGUUCGUCAUAGUAGUUUAGAUACCUGCUUCUCUUCGUUAUGUCAUGUUAUGUACUGUACAUAAACAUAGACACUACUCCGAAAGGAGCAGCCGUCAGCGCACAUCGCUCACUGAUCAUCGGGGUGUGGGGGUCCGUCUUAGGAAAGUAUCAAAUACGACCAUGGUUCUAGAGUGGACAUUAUUGAUUUUUCGAGGGCUUACACGCAUAUACGGCUAUCCAUGUUUUUGACUAUAAGGGCAAAAACAAUUCAGAAUUGCGAUUCAGUGGCUAUGGAAUGAAAAGACUUGGUUCAUGCUUUACCCUCUUAUCGUUAUCUGUGAUGGACAUUUUUAACCGCAGAUCUCCC